AUGGAGGGAGAGCUUACACGUUUGGAAAGUGAUCACUUCCCAAUUGUAUUAGAAAUAAACUCCAGAACGAAAUCUAUCCAUUUAACUAAAAGUGCCUUUUCAGAUGAUAACAUCGAUAUCUACCCGAAAAGAGCGAAAUGGAUCCCUAGAAUAGCAGAUCAGAUUACCAAGAUGCUUAACUCGUCGGAGAUAUUAAUGUUUAAACAAGAGUUAAUAACUAGGUCAGAGAUGAAUGAUCCUUUGAAUCAAUUCGGUUGCCAUAAUUACCAUAUUAAAUCAGUUAUAUUAAAUGCAAGGAAAACAGCUAAAACACUGACAACGUUCUACCACACUAAUGGAGUUCAAUUGAUUAUACCUGCUAUUAAGGUUUUUAGAGCUAAAAUAAUCUCUCAGCUUACUUAUGGCACACAGGUGAUGACAAGAGACAAAUUCCCAGAGUUAGAGGCAGUACAGACCUCCUUUAUACGAUCUAUUAUGGCUAUACCACCAUGUGUCCCGAAUAGUGUAAUAAGGUUAGAAAUAGGGACACAGUCUAUAGAAUCAAUCAUCUGUACACUGAAGAUUAACUACUGGUUAAAAUUAACCUUAGAACCUCAAGGAUUAGCCUCCCAUAUAUUAAUAGAUAAUUUUAAAUCUAUUUGGAACAACACUACCCUCAAUAAACUUCAGUAUCUUGGAUUUUCUAUGCAAUCUAUAGUACAGAUGGGAAGUGAGACCGCUAGAGUAAACAUUAAACAACGUAUCAGAGAUGUUGACUACCAAAUCCAUUUAGAACAAGCAAGGAAAUAUAGGCACAAUGACAGGUUUUUUAUACCAAUGCCAUAUUUGAGCAAUCUUAAUAUAUCUAAAUGUAGGAAAGCAUUUACCUGGGUUAGAAUGAAUGUUCUGCCAUCGGCAGUGUUGGAGGGACGAUACAAUAAGACCCCGUAUGCAGAACGUCUAUGCCCCUGUGGAAAAAGAGAAAUUGAAACGAAUGUUCACGUUAUAUUACACUGCUCUCUGUAUGAUCAUUUAAGAUCGCUUUUAAUUACACCUCUUUUAGAUCACCAAAUAUUAAACUCAGAAUAUUCACGAAUAAAUUAUCUCCUAUCGGAUCAUAAGAAAGAAACUACACUUGAGCCACUGCCCACUGGGUCGACAUCUUCACUGAGCUAUCCACUACGACUCCACAGUCUCAUUCCUGGUCACUCACCACCCAUGAGCGUAUACAUGAAAUUUAGCUUUUUUGUUCUAAUAUGCCUGACUUUACACUUGUUUACAUUCAAUCGCAUUUGCAAUUUUACUGCCCUUUCACUCAGUUUAGAAAGGUCCCUUUGGUUGAACAGCAGCAGAUUGUACCUAUAA